AUGCAUUUCAACAGAGAACUCUUAGCUUCUAUUACUUUUGAGCCCCCUGACACCUCCGAAUUAGGUGAGAGCGAUCUGGACGCGACAAAUGACUCAUUUACUGCUAGCACUUCAAAUAUCGACAGACUAAAACUCAAAGAUGCUGAACGAUAUUCCAUAGACAAUGAAGAGCCAAACGACGCUACCAAACUCUUCAUUCGGUGCCUAAAAAUAGCCCUCGAACCUAGCCUUGUGAGUAUCUCACACCCAGAAAAAAAGCGCCCUCUUAAUUCUAAACGUGACUUUUCCAUCGAGAUCACGACGAACUUUUAUCGGCAGAAAUGCGGAUUUACCUUUUGUGGUGGGGAACUAGGGCAGGUGAAGACGAAACACACACCUUCCAAUUCUCACAGAAUUAUCACAACCAGGGUGCGCACGACCCUGGAUGACAUACUAGACGAUACCUAUAAUUCCUGGAGCAUGGAAUGGAUGGCGAGGAAUCCGCACAACUUCUUGAAGAAUGAAACCUUUACAAGCGACACAGCAAAAGCGCGUAUGAUAUCAAAAACUUCAAGGUUCGAAAGUAGCGAUGACAGUGAGGGUGAAGACGAUAUUCCCCCGGUUGAUUUCAAGUUUGUGGAUUACUCUCCUAUGUGCUACCGUCAUAUACGGGAAUUUUUCAAUAUCAAUUCGGAAAAAUUCUGUAAUGUAUUAUGUAAUAGUCGAUGGCACAGCAUCCCAACUCCUGGCAAAUCCGCCGCGCAGCUUUUUUUCUGCGGACGUGACUGGGUUAUUAAAACGAUGACGCGACGAGAGAGUAGUUUUUUGCGUAACAUCCUUCACCGCUACUAUUAUCAUGUUCGUGAUAACCCUUUUACCCUUUUGCCUCAUUUUGUCGGGCAUUAUCAUCUUGAAAUCGGCACCAAGUCCUACAACCUUAUUGUCAUGCAGAAUGUAUUUGCAACAACAAAUCCUAUUCACGAAAAGUUUGACCUUAAAGGCAGUACCAUUGGCAGAUUCGCGUCAGACGCGGAGAAGAUGCGGGCAACCUGUACACAGAAGGAUUUAGACAUUCACAAUCCCAUUCAUAUUGGAAGCGAGCGCCGCCAGAUACUAAUUGAACAGCUCAAAAGGGACUGCGAUUUUCUAAAAUAUUCAAAUAUUAUGGAUUAUUCAUUGUUGCUGGGGGUUCACGUACUCCCCCCAACCGGGCGACCUGUGGGAACCGGGUUCUUCUCUGCGCACGGUGGUUCAAACGUGGCAAGCAAACCCAACGCUUCGGAAGACAUUUCCCCUGCGGUGGAUGGGCGAUGCUUCACUGCCGAUGAGGGGGGUAUGCUGAGCAAUGAGGUGCUAGGGCUACGGAAAGAGAUUUAUUACCUUGGUAUCAUCGAUAUUUUACAAGAAUACGACCUAUCUAAACGAAUUGAGACGAUGACUAAAAGUAUUAUACAUCUCACUAAACGGAUAUCGUGUAUCACACCAUUUGCCUAUGCCUCACGCUUUCAUGCCUUUAUUUCUUCAAUGAUUGUUUAA